ACACACACACAAGCCAUACUGCACUUUUCACAACUCACAGCUCCUGUGGAAGCAUCACACACUCCUUGGAGGACCUUUCUUUCGUUCUUUCUUCCACGUGACUUAUUAGGGCGUUUGAAAGUGUUUAACUUCUCUUCUCCUCUGAUGUCACAAGCAACUAGUUGAGAUGGAUGGGCUUUGACAUGCACCAGCCUCGGGGGUUACAUUAUGGUUCUGGGCCAAGCUGUCAACAAUAGUUUGAUGGACAUUUCGAAGAUCUUCUCCCUGCUGCAGCCGAAGGAGGAUGAUGAGGACAGCGAGCAUUGUCAGGCCUUGAACAAUGCCGUGAGCAGCGACGACGUGACUCUGCUCUCCGAGCUUCUGUCUCAGGAGAGUUACAGGAGGUCUAUCAAUGCCCGAAGCGGGUGGGGGGUCCCGGUUACCCCCCUGCGCACUGCCGCUGCUCUGGGACACCUGAGGUGCUUGGAGGUGUUGUUGGAGCACGGUGCAGAGGUUGACAGCCUGGAUGUGAAGGCCCAGACGCCUUUGUUCACAGCUGUCAGUGGGAAACAUCUGGACUGCGUGGUUGCCCUGCUGAACGCCGGAGCCGAUCCUAAUGGCAGCCAGUACAACAACUGCUCCCCGGUGCUGAUUGCAGCCCGGGAGGGCGACGUAGACGUGCUCCGAGAGCUGCUGCGCUUGGGAGCCGAGGUGGACGUCAGGCCCAAAGUCCCUGAGUGGGCUGCCAAUGCCACGGCCUGCAGAGGGCCCCUUUAUAUCUCCGCUGUUUAUGGACACCUGGACUGCUUCAAACUGCUCCUUCUCCACGGGGCCAACCCCGACUUUAACUGCACAGAUGAGAAGAUGCUGGCCAGGAUAAAGCAGCCAAAGACAGUCCUGGAGGUGUGUCUGCGUUAUGGCUGCGGGGUGGAGUACAUCCAGCUUCUCGUAGACUUUGGGGCAGACGUGUAUCUGCCCACGCUGAUCAUUGACAAGACUACAAAGCAGAAUGAGGCUCUGAUUCUGCUGCUCAAAGAGAGAGUUUGUCCAAAAACACUGAUGUCGCAGACUCGGCUAGCAAUUCGAAGAUGCCUCCCCUGUGCCAAUAAGGAGCCUGCUGUUGACAGUUUGGAUGUUCCUCUGAUCCUGAGGAACUACCUGAAGCACGACACCUGUGAACUCAUCGGAUGCUAACCUUAGCAUCAGAAUAAAUAGCCAGUGACAUUUGUUUUACCUCAUUGCUGUACACUUAUGACUGGAGAUUUGAUUUUAGCUUUUCCUACAAUAACAGACACUCACAUAGAGGUCAAUGUACAGUCCCAGUGCUGUAAAGUCUUGUUUUUUUAUUAUUUAUAUAAGAUUGAAAUGUGUGACUCCUAAUAGAUAAAUAGUUUUAGUUUAAAUAGAUAUUUUAGCUCUACAAAGCUCAUUGGAGUGUCUUUGUCAAACAGAAAUAUGAUCAUCCUAAAGGGCUCCAUGUUGGAAAAUCUGCCAUGUUUUUGGGAAGUGUAAGACCACAGUUGACCACUAGAGACCACAGUAAUACUGCUUAUUGCUCUUGACGAAAUGUGAUGCUUCUCUAUUUGUAAUUUUGAACAUCUGUUAAUGCCUUUUUGCAUCACUUUUGACUCUGCCCUCUUCACAGGUAGCAUUACACAAUCAGAUAUAGUCUCACUUCUAUUAUUCUUGAGACAUCCAGAGACAAGUGGAGACGCACACACACACGCACACACACACACACACACACACACACACACACACACACACACACACACACACACACACAGCGACAGUGUCUGCAUCGCACCAGGAUGUCUUAGAUCUUGCCUGAAAAACAUCUGUGAACUUCAAAACAUGAUAGGAAGCGGAGUGAUCAGCCUACACUUCAGCACGGCAAACCGGGAGACAUAUUUGCAUAAGUCUCAUUACUUAUUAAUUACAGCAGUUAUUUGCAGGCCAAAUUUGUGGUUGGAAGUUAAAAAUGUUCUUUUGUGACGUAACACCUUCCUGAUUAUGUUAUGAUCUACUGCCUUUAAAUCUUUCUUCUGUAAUACGUACAUCCAGGAGUUAAUGUGUCAGCUUUUGGGAAUGGGGACCUAUACAAACAGGAAAUGAUGUCAUACAACAGGAAGCUCAGCACAAUGCUCUCUCUCACACAUUGACGCCUGGAAGAGUAGUUCUGUAGAGGUUUUAUUUUCAACAAAAGUACAGCUAUAUCAGAUAUGGAUUUAUUUUUACAGCGAAGUACAACAUAUUCCCAGUGCUUCUGAUUACAUCAAAACAUAUAAUGUACAUACAGUUGACAUCUCCACUCUCCCAUUCACAGUUUCUGGAUUGAAUAGGCAUUAUUUUUCAGGUUUUUCAUUUCUACAACAAAUAAUCAAACUCAAAGGCCAGCAAGAAAGAAAAUGACAAAUGUUUGCAUAUGGUGACAAAGGAUAUGGAUACUGUGAGUUAAAUUUUCUGUGAUAGGCAAAAAUCCAGACCUCAAACUAGAUGGUAUAAUACAAUGGAUAUUUGAAUGGAUUCCAAAAGUGGGAUGUCAGUCUUCUGUCACCCUUGUUGUCAUAGGACACCACAUCAAUAUAUGGCUCAUUGAAGACUCGGUUGUACCCGGACUACUUUGAAACAACACAGGACUGCAUAACCAACUGCAAGGAGUUCCUACUGAAGAUGUCGCUAUGCUAAAUCUGAGUGAACGCGGUUAGCGACUCACGUACGCCCUGGACUAAAAGGAAUUACAUGAUUCUGAUGCAUCCAACUGACAGUCUGCUAAAUUGGCUGUCUUGGUUUUAUGA